AGACGCGGCCGCCGGGCUAAUGGCUGCGGCUCGGGGGCGGAACCUGAACUGCCAAGGCCCGGACGCGUCGCCAAUGGGAAGAGGCAGGCGAACGAAAUUAAAGGGGAGUGAGUGCCUCGGCCGAACCAAGACCUGAGUCUUCAGCGGCGGAAGAGACCUGGUAUCUUUAAGAGACCCCCCCGGCCGCCCUCCUCCUUCCCUUGUACUUGUGGCUGGGGGGGUACCCCCUCCCUCCAGGCCAUGGAGCCCUCUGCUCUGUCCCCUGGUGGGGCAGCACUUCCCCUGCCUCUGUCGCUGGCUCCUCCUCCACUGCCCUUGCCUGCAGCUGCCGUGGUCCACGUGUCCUUUCCCGAGGUGACCAGUGCCCUUCUGGAGUCCCUCAAUCAGCAGCGGCUGCAGGGCCAGCUCUGCGAUGUGUCCAUCAGAGUCCAGGGCCGGGAAUUCAGGGCUCAUCGUGCUGUCCUGGCUGCUUCCUCCCCUUACUUCCACGACCAGGUCCUGCUCAAGGGCAUGACCUCCAUCUCUCUGCCCAGCGUCAUGGACCCGGGCGCCUUCGAGACCGUCCUGGCCUCAGCUUACACCGGCCGUCUCAGUAUGGCCACUGCGGACAUUGUCAACUUCCUCACCGUGGGGUCUGUGCUCCAGAUGUGGCACAUUGUGGACAAGUGCACUGAACUCCUUCGUGAAGGCCGGGCGUCGGCCACUGCCACCAUCACCACUGCUGCAGCCACCUCAGUCACGGUCCCCGGUGCUGGGGCCCCGUCAGCAAGUGGAGCCACUGCCACCAUGGGCUCUUUGCGCUCCCACGCCUCCAGCCGGGCCAGUGAGAACCAGUCCCCCAGCAGCAGCAACUACUUCAGUCCCCGGGAGUCCACUGAUUUCUCAUCCUCCUCCCAAGAGGCGCUCACGGCGUCAGCAGUGGGCAGUGGCGAGCGUCGAGGGAGUGGCCCUGUUUUCCCAGCCCCUGUGGUUGGCAGUGGGGGGGCUACCUCUGGGAAGUUGCUGCUGGAGGCAGACGAGCUGUGUGAUGAUGGUGGGGACGGAAGGGGUGCCGUGGUCCCUGGAUCUGGCCUCCGACGACCCACUUACGCACCCCCCAGCAUCAUGCCACAGAAACACUGGGUUUACGUGAAGCGGGGUGGGAACUGCCCAGCGCCAGUGCCCCUAGCUCCCCAAGACCCAGAUCUGGAAGAGGAGGAGGAGGAGGAAGAUUUGGUACUGACCUGUGAGGAUGAUGAAGAUGAAGAGCUGGGGGGUGGCUCCAGGGUUCCAGCCGGGGGAGCACCUGAGGCCACCCUUAGCAUCAGUGAUGUCCGGACACUGACGGAGCCUCCAGACAAGGGAGAAGAGCAAGUCAAUUUCUGUGAGUCUUCCAAUGACUUUGGCCCCUAUGAGGGUGGGGGUCCUGGGCCAGGCCUCGAUGACCCAGGAGGGCCCACCCCUUCCUCCUAUGGCCCUUCCCACCCGCCUCGACCCCUGCUCCCACUGGACAUGCAGGGCAAUCAGAUCCUGGUCUUCCCAUCCUCCUCUUCCUCCUCUUCCUCCUCCUCCUCCUCCUCACAGGCUCCAGGCCAGCCACCGGGAAACCAAGCUGAACACGGGGCGGUGACCCUGGGGGCCUCCCCGGCUGCGGGGCUGGGGGUGCCAGGUGGCCCUGGCGGGACCCCCGUGGCCACGGGCACUGGGGAUGGGAAUAAGAUCUUUCUGUGCCACUGUGGAAAGGCCUUCUCCCACAAGAGCAUGCGCGACCGCCACGUGAACAUGCACCUCAACCUGCGGCCCUUUGACUGCCCCGUGUGCAACAAGAAGUUCAAGAUGAAGCAUCACCUGACCGAGCACAUGAAGACGCACACGGGCCUCAAGCCCUACGAGUGCGGUGUGUGCGCCAAAAAGUUCAUGUGGCGCGACAGCUUCAUGCGUCACCGGGGACACUGUGAGCGGCGGCACCGUCUGGGCAGCGCGGGACCCGGACCGGGCCCGGGUCCGGGCGCCCCCACCGGACCCGCCUUGCCGCCCAAGAGAGAGUCCCCGGGAGCUGGCGGGGCCAGCGGCGAGGAGAACAGUGUGGCUACGCCCCCGGCCGGCCGCCGUGGCUGGUCCCCGCCCAGCGUCCCCAAGGUGGAGAUGGGCUUCAACGGGGGCGGAGGAGCGAACUGACGGGAGGGGCAUUUCAGGGAAGAGGGUCGGGGGCGCGCUGGCCCGAUGUCCUCCCAGCACACUCACUGUCUUCCUUAUCUCUGUGGACUUGUAUAUAUUCUGGACGGGGACCCACGUGGCAUCGCCGGCCACGCACCCCCGGAACUCCUCGGCCCUGCUCUCCUGGAAGGACCCCCCAGGACGAUGCCCGCCCUUCCCUCCGACAGGUGCCGGAGGCCCCUCGCUCCAGAACGGGGCGUCGGGAAAAUGGGGGGAGGGCGUGGGGGGGUCCGUGGAGCAUCCUAACGCGCCAGAGUCAAGGGCCAGGCGGUUUUGGUGUGUCCGUGAUGUCUGUGUUCGUGGUGUUGUGGGGGCCGGGCCUGUGUCCCCGCCCGUGUCCUAGACCCCCCGCCCCGACCCUCCCUUAGGCCUUUAUUCCCACCCUCCUCCCCCGCACCCCACGCAACUGGAUUCUCUACGGGGAGGGCUUGGAAAUGCGGGAGUAAAUCCUUAGGAGUCCAAGGUUUUUAUUUUAAAUCUUAUU